AUGCCUCGGGAAGAAGCGAGCAGCCCGGCGGCCUGCGCGACGCGAGAGCAAGACGCGGACUCGUGCAGCAGCGCUGCGCCCACGUUGCGACGCCACCUCCUCAGCGAUGGCCACAACAGGUGUGGCGACGACGCCAUAGCCGCCUCGUCGCCGGGCGCUGCCGUGGCACCGGAUGUGGGCACCUGCCUGGCGUGCAGCAACGCUGUCGCCCUGCGCGCCGUCCAGCUGAGCGACGUCUGGGCGGCGCUGGUCAAAAGUCAGGCGCUGUGCGUCUUCCUCCUCGCCUACACGGUCUCCUACGCUAUGAGGCUGCUCAUCACGCAAGACUUGCUGCUGACCAAGACGUGCCUCUACCAUCUGGGCCUGGAGCCCUCACUAUGCGCAAACUUCAGCAACUUCUCGGACACGAAGAACGCCAUCGAGCGGGUGGCCAACAACUACUCGCUCUUCAUACUGCUCGUGCAGCUCACACCCGCCGCGCUUCUCUCCAUCUUUCUCGGACCCUGGUGCGACAAGUACGGCCACAAGCUGCCCAUUUUCCUGGCCACAUUGGGUGGCAUCCUGCAGGACUUGGGCACCAUCUACACCGUGGUGAACAUGGACGCACCUAUGUACCUGAACGUACUGUGCAGCCUGCCGAACGGCUUCAGUGGCGGCCUCGUCUGCGUGCUCACCGCCGUGUGCAGUAACGCAUCGCUCAACACUUCUGGCAGCAUGCGCACCAUCCAGUUCCUCAUUAUUCUCAUGUCUGCCAUGGUCGGGCUCGCCUUCGGCCAGUUCAUGGCGGGCCAGAUAUUUCGCGCCGGUGGCUACCUGCCGGUGUUCAUAGUUUCGGCUGGCCUGCUACUGGUGUCACUGGCCUGGGUCGUCGUCGUGCUCAAGAACCCUGCCGAAGCAGAGAAGAACCCGUGGCGAGCCAUGCUUCGCGACCUCAUGCAGCUGCGGAACUUCGUCGACGGCCUUCUCGUAUGCGUCCGCAGCCGGCCCAACCGUGGCCGUGCCCAGAUCCUGCUGCUCAUGAGCUCUAUGUGCACCAUCCUGUUUGUAUCGGAAGGCACACGAGGCAUCAACUUCUUCUACGCCAAAAAAAUGUACGACUGGGACGUGAGCAAGUACUCAGACAUCAACUCGGGAUUCCUGCUCUUCCGCAUGGUGAGCGUAUCAGUGUUCGUGGUGAUGGCCAACUUGCUGCUGCGUCUCUCGGACUGCACCAUCGCCUUCAUAGGCAUCUGCUGCGGCAUCCUGCAGGGUAUCAGCACAGGGGUGGCCACAAACGAAGUUCUGUUCUAUGUGAGCUACGUUUUGGGAACACUGGAGGCAUCGGCGCCCAUCGGCAUCAAGUCUCACGCAUCUAAACUCCUGAACAGAGACGAAACAACCCAGGUGUUCUCGGUGUGGAUCGCCGUGGAGGCGCUGACGCCCAUCGUGGCUUCCGUGUUCGGCUCGCAGGUGUACAACGCUUGCAUCAGCUUCUACCCUGGCCUGCCCUACUUUGUCUACGUGCUCUUCGAGAUAUACCCACUCGCCUCAGUCGUGUACUGCUGGUUCGUGUACCGAGAGCCUACGUGCGUCUGCUCAGCGCCGCCGCCCAAAAAUACCGAGUUCAUGGCGCCAGUGGGCGAGGACUGGGACCGCGUGCCCGUGGGCUCCUCCUACUCCAGUGGCACCGUCGACAAAUAGGGACUCACCAUCGCAAGCCUUACCACAAAGCCGCAUUCGCUUGCACCUUUCCUCCUCUCUCACGUCCUGCACUGCCCCUUCGAAACGCGGGCAUCACGUGAAAAGAGCCUUCGCCAG